AGGUUCCGAAAAUAUUGGUGUUCAUUGAUAGUGUGUGAUUUGUGAUGUCCUCUGGCUAAAUAACCAAUGACUGGGACGUCAAAAUGGGACAAGCAAAAAGCAAUCUGGUCUCCAAUGACCUGGAUCUUGUGAUGGUGAAGCUUGUCAACUCCGCUUCUAAUUGGAAACAAAUCGCCGGUUUGACCUACGCUGAAUUCUUGGAGCAAAUUGCGGAUCUCAACAGACUGUCAAAUUCUUUUCAAGACAGCAAAGGAAAGCGUUUAUUGUUCGCAGUGAAACCAGGAACGGACGAUUCAUUUUUGUGGAAGGCUACUGUGCGCAUUGCUUGUUGUAAAAUCUGUGGAGGAGAGAAAGGAAAGCUUGAGUCUUACCGGCUUCUGAAUAUCAAACAGCUUCAAAAGGUUCACCAGAAUUUGCAACUGCAAGCUGAAGAAAUGUUGAAAUCCUACAAGAGCAAUCGCCCUCAUCCUGAUACAGCGUCUAGCAGUUCCAGUUGUGAGACAAGUGACUCGAGUGAUUAUGACGAGACUGGAGCCGCCGCGAAACGCAAAACUUUUAAAACCUUGCGGCCGAAACUCACUGCGUCGUUGAUUCUUGAGGAAGUUGGGGCUGAACUGGGCACCGAUCUUGAGGAAUGCUGCAUUUGCUUCGAGCGACAGCCUGAAGUUAUUCUUCCCUGCGCGCAUAGUUACUGCUUGCUUUGCAUUGAGCAGUGGAACGUUAACAGUCAAACCUGUCCUGUCUGCCGGAAGGACCUGGAAAUGAACGAUUUCAACGUGGAAAAUGCCGUGGACGCUUUUCGUGAUCACUUGGUUUGGAGAUCGAAUUAUUCCGUAGAUGACAUCGAAGAGAAAUAUAUCCCUGUGGAAGUGAUGAAGUUAUAUUCUGUAGGAGGUUACGUUGGUCCAGAUCGAGAAAACCGUCCAGUUUUGUUUCUGCCUUUUUCUUACGCCGAUUUGAGGGGGUUGAGGAGGUCGACCAAAGCUGAAGACUGGAUUCUUCAUGCGAUCAAGUUGCUUGAAGAGGGAAAACGUAGGUGCAGAAUUUCUACGGAUAUCCACGGGACGGAUAUUGAUAGAAUCACGAUUGUGUUUGAUAUUGCGAACACUUCUGUGGGAUUGUUCUUGUGGUUGCCGUUCUUUGAAGUCAUGUACUUCCUUCUGCGCAUGUUUGAUGACAAUUACCCGGAAUUCGCCCACAAAAUUAUCGUUCUCAACUGUCCUCGUAUGUUUUCGGUUGCGUUGAUGAUGAUUGGACAAAGUCUGCGCAAAUCAACGGCAGAGAGAAUUCAGUGUUACGGGAGGGACGAGGCCGAAUGGACGGAGGCAAUAUUCGCGGAAAUCGAUCCUGAAAAAUGGCCCAAGCAUUGGGGUGGGAAAUUUUCCGAGGGUAUCGAUGAAAGGUGCAUUCAAAGCCUCGGAAAGGGAUUCAUGGUACCCGAAGAAUUCUAUUCGCAUCCCACGGAUGAUCCUCCGAGCGAACUCAUGGAGUAUCUUUCCCGUCGCACGUUGCCCGCGAUUCGAAAAAGGGUGGACUCUGUUACCGGAGCAGAAAACCGGGAACACAUAGAAAAUAUAGCGGGGAAUUUUUUGGCGGAACGUUUGACCAACGAUGCCGGUUAUAUGCUUCGCGAAUUCAUCGAGCAUCGGAUCGGUCCUUUAAUUUCGGAAACAAUCAACACGUCGCGUGGACCUUUACGGAGAGACAGUCUAUUCACUCCACUGGGAAUGCUUUUGAGGGAAACGUUAACCAGUGUCAACCAACGAACAACGCGGCAGAGGAUAGAGCUGGCAUCAGAAAGAUAUGGAAGAUUGAUGAAUGAACAUAUUGCCAGUAUUCGACACGAGAUCCCACCGACGUUCAGUGUUUUGCCCCCGAGGUAUUCCCACGAAGAAACGUUCGUGAUCCCGAAUGAAGCGAAGCUAGUUUACCCUGUGCUGAUUGAUUCCGCUGGUUGGACCAUCAGGUGGUUGUAUUUACUGAAAGGAUCAUAUAUUGAUUUCGUGAUGAAAUUUUCAACGGAUGUUGAAAAAAUUGUUAAAGAAGUCCGAAGAGUAGCUGUUUUUGAUACCUUUGAAGGAGGAGAAAAACGAUGGGCGAUUGUGAAACCUCGGUCAAGACUUCUGGGAUCUACGGAGCCAGGAGACGAUAAUGUUUUCUGUGCAGUUCCGGGCUAUUAUGUACUGGAGUUCAGCAACGCAUUAAGCAGACGGGAAACUAAAGUGCUUUACUUAUCUGUGGAUCUGGAUCCACCUGAUACGCAACCUCAGCGUCCGCACCGAGAUCUUGAUGCUACAGCUGUUCCCGAUUCCACGUAUAAGAAUACCGUAACUCCGGAACCUCCUCAGCCUAAAGAAUCACCGCUCGCGCUCAAAGCGAAAGCAAUCUCCUCGAACAUUAAUUUAUCCCAGCCUUCGAAAUCGGAAAACCUGCCACAACAGGAGAAAAUCAUUGAAAACGAGAGGACUGAAAUGAAUGAGUCUGUUGCCGAUAAUGUGGCAGCUUCUGAAACGAGAUCGGAAGACACGGGAUCGAGUGCCACGCAGAAUCAGCCAGUUGCCCAAGGCGAUGAUUCGCAACAAAAAACCGAAUAGAAUCACGAAGUUUUGUCGUGAAAUUUGAAGAUUUUUCAUUAUUUUAUCGAAAUAGUCGAAUAGCUUUACAAGGCAUUUUGCAUCUCCACAUAACGAAAACAGUGUAGUUGAAGAAUACAUUGUUACCAGUACGUUUCCAACCUGUGCCAUGUGAUUACUGCGAUACUUCGCGCCAAUCUGGUGGUGAAGAAUAAAUAAUUUGUUGCGAAUU